AUGGCCUCCAAAACUGAAAUUGAUAAAGACUUGUCCCUAGCCGUUCCUGGGUUGGAGACUCUGUCUCCUGUAAGUCCUAUACAGAAAUCCUUACCACCAGCUACCUUAUCCAAUGGACUUCGGACCCAGACAGAGAGGGCACUGGUGAAGGGGAGAGAGAAGAGUCCUGAGAUGAAACAGGAAAAUCUCAGAUGGAAAAAACCAAUUGGAAUUAAUUCCUCAAAAAAGCUUAGGAGAGGUUGGGAGCCCAGAGCACAAUUAGAGCCCAAGGGUCGCUUUCUAGAACAGCUCAUCCAACUCUUCAGCCUGGAUGAAAAGAGAAACAUGGAAAAAGAACAUGAUGAUAAUAAGCUUGAAAAGGGAAUUACGGAAGAGGACAGGAAGUCUGCUGUCAGGCCAGAGGACAGCCAGAAGGCCACGAGUGAGGCACUUGAUGCCUUCAAAACAUUCUUUACCCCCAAAGAGCUAAAAGUGGACAGUGCAGAUCGUAUGGGUCUAGAAGCAAUGAGGAAGAAGAUGAAAGCUGACAUGGAGAAGCUGAAGUCCUUCUUUGAGAAACCAUAUGGCAGGACUGUUGCAGCUUCAGAUACAAAAUCUCUGGCCACCUCCUCCAGGGAACAGAGCAUGCCUGGGCGGCUGCAAACUGUGUGGCCCCCAGUCAGGUCACAGGAUAAUGAUGUGAGGCUGGGCCUUAGAUACACUGAAGCAGAACAUCAGACUGCCCUUUUACAGCUGAAGAGAGAGUGUAAGGAAGAAAUGGAACAGCUGAGAGCUGGCUAUGAACUGCAAAGGUCACAGCUGCAAGAUGAACAUGCAGACUCAAAGUCACGGCUGGUGGAGACCAUUACAGAGCUGCAGGCAAGGUUGGCCAUAAACACACUCAAAGACUUUAAAGAGAUGAGGGAGGUGGCUGUGCUGACACAGGACAGCUUUCCGCCCAAGACUUUCCACAACGUGUGGAUACAGACUGACCUGGGAGAUUUUACCCCAAACCCAGAUGAUGAAAAUUCUAGUACAUCUCGAAGUCCGAAGAAACUCAACCAUAUUUCCAUCAAAGAAAGCCUACAGGGAAAGAAUGAGUAUGCUGUAGAUCUGCUAUCACCUUCUGCAUCAGCAUCAUCUUCUCAGCCACCGUUGUCAAAUUCCAUCAGUCCCCCCUUGCCCUUACUACCUCCACCACCAUCUUCUGGAGCUUGCCCAGAUGCAGGGCACCCAUCUUCUUUUCAGUUUGUGCCACCACCACCCCCUCCACUUCCCACCUUCGGUUUAGCAUCCUCUCCACCUAUGCCUGAGCUUCCUGGUGCAGAUCAUUCCUCCAAUCACUUGGUGGAUUAUGUCCCCAGAAAGCCAGUGGUGGAGCCAACUCAGCCCAUGAAGCCCCUGUACUGGACCAGGAUUCAAAUCCAGGCCAAUAAGAAUAACACACUAUGGAGUUCACUUGAAGAACCACCAAUUCUCAACACUAAAGAAUUUGAGGACCUUUUCUGCAAGAGCAUAAUGCAGCCAAAGAAGAAAUCACUGUGUAAGAGUUAUGAAGAGGGUCCCAAGGUGAAAAAGACUGUGAAACUUCUUCAAAGCAGUCGAUCACAGACAGUGGGCAUUCUCAUUUCUAGCCUGCAUCUGGAGAUGAAGGACAUUCAGCAAGCUGUUUUAAUGUUAGACAACUCUGUUGUGGACCUGGGGACAAUUGAGGCUUUAUAUGAAAUUAGGGCUCAGAAUGACGAGCUAGAAAAGAUUCGGGAAUACAUCCGAUCCUGCAAAGAAGAUGAUCGCAGGCUUCUGGACAAACCGGAACAGUUCCUGUAUGAGUUGUCUCAGAUUCCUGACUUCUCAGACCGGGCCAGCUGCAUGAUAUUCCAGUCUACAUUCCUAGAUGUGGUGACUUCAGUACAUUGCAAAGUGGAUGUUAUUUCCCGUGUCUGCAAGGAGUUGCUGGAGCGUGGCAGUGUGAAGCAGAUCAUAGGCCUGGUCCUGGCCUUUGGCAACCACAUGAAUGGGGGGAACCACUACAGAGGCCAGGCUGAUGGCUUUAGCCUGGAGAUCCUGCCCCGGCUCAAGGAUGUCAAGAGCAAAGACAAUUGCAUCAGUUUGGUGGGUUAUGUCAGCUCAUACUACCUGCGCAACAAGACUGAUUGUGGAGACAGCAAUGACUUCCCACUUCCAGAACCCCAUGACCUCUUCCUGGCUGCUCAAGUCAGCUUCAGCGACCUUUUCUCAGACCUCCAGAGCCUGAAAAACAAACUGGCUGCUUGUGAAAAAGAUGUUCAGAAGGUGUGCAGAAGUACAUUGGUGGAACACCUCCAACCAUUUAAGGACAAAAUGGAGGCUUUUGUAUUGAAAGCAAACAUGGAACUUAAUGAAUUAAACAACCGUCUGACAUCAGCACAGCAAAGCUUUCAGGAAGUGGUGAGCUACUUUGACCUGAAGUCCACCUUGGGGGAGAAGGAGGUGACACCCAACUUUAUCUUCAUGCUGUGGUUUGAGUUCAGCAAUGACGUCAAGAAAGCAUGGGAAAAGGAGAAAAAGCGGUUAUGCUUGGAGAAGUUUAAAGAGGCACAGCUGUCUGUCAGGAAGAUCAUAGCUGAGAAGAAGGUGGAAACCAGGGAGGUCGCCCCCAGCGGUUUGAAACAAAGGCUUCGCCAAAAGGAAGCAAAUAUGUUCUUGGAAUGA